AUGGACCAUCACAAUAACAGCCAGCGACUUCGUGAACUCAAAAUCAAGUGGCCCAAGUUCAAUCUGACAGUCACAGUCAGAAUGAAUGAAUUGAAUGCUGCAUUAGUGAAGCUUCUUUGGGAUACUCUUCCCUAUCGCUCUCUCCAGACGCAUGCCUUGGUUACGGGCGAUCACCUAUAUCAUCUUGUUCCAUCAGAGCCUUUGAUUCGAUUUAAUUCUUUCUUCGAUCCUAAUUUCGGAAAGUACACAAACCCUGAAUUCAAGUGUCCUGAUAGAGCCAAGGAGCCCGAUGGUACCGUGUUUCUUUCGAAAUUUCAGCAUCUAGCUAUCAAGUAUGGCCGCGUGACUGAGCAUCACCCUGCAGCUCCUUGUGGGAACGUGGCCCCCGAGGACCUAGCGAAACUGCGCUGGCUUGGAGAAGAGGUCUGGAAAAGUCAGAUUGAGACAAAGGAACCUAUUGAAGUCAUACUUUGGGAUGCUUCAAGCCCUGAGCCUGGUCCUGAAAGCCUUUCACUUCGCCUUCAGCGCGCUGGGGCGACAAAAGAGGUAAAGAGUCUCGUUCAAGAGAUUCACGAAGAAAUGGAGAAGUCUUGGUCCGGAAUAUCAGACAAUAUCAAAGCCAUACAUAGCGGCCGGGCUUCAUCAAAACCAGGAUCGAAGGACUCCUACUUUGCUGCUAUGCUCUUUGCUAACAGUGAGGUUCGGACUCUCGGUUAUUAUGUCUUUGACAACCUUCUCAAGAUAGCAGCAACGCACCCUGAAUUUGAUCUCAAACAUCUGAUUGUCCUUUAUAGAGAGCUCGUCUCUGCGCCCGCCGAGUUCCUGGGAUAUGUGGGCACUGAGUUUCUCCGUAACAGUCAUCACAAAAUCAACAAUCUCAUUACAAUCAAUGUUGAGAAAAACACCAAUCAGUCGGAGGCUCGUGAGGACUUACUUGCCAUGGUGAGUGUAUUGGCUCAAUAUAUCAACCUCCUCAAUGCCCAGAACCUGCUCCUGUUCCCAUGGAAGCAUACAGCCGAGUACCCUAUUAUGUGA